AGAUUGCGGCUGCAAAUGUCCAGCAGAAUGCUGUUGCGGUCGUGUCGGAAUUUGGCGGACGCGACUGUGAUGGGUCGGCCCAUCAGCAGGGCUUAUUAUCGGAGCAGCGCCACCCUUUACGCCUCGUGGGCCGCAUUGGGACUGGCGACACUCACAUUGUUCGCCAUCCUCUCCCUGAAUGCGAUGAACGUCACUUCCGGCGUGUCCAUCACGAGCAUAGGGAUCGAACAGCCGUUGCCGGAUCCGGCCACGUCUUUGAACGCAGUCGGGAUGAUGAGGGGCAAGGACUUCCGGAACCGGCAUCUCUUCACUGAGAAGAACUCGGGUCCGAGCCAGACCGGCCCAGAAGUGCCAAUAAUUGAGGGCAAAUGGAUCCCGAGAACUGGUCCGAUUAUCGAAGUACUCAAGGCGAAGCACAUCCAGAGAUUCCCGGAAAAUUACCAGAUCAUAGACGCCACGUCGGGGAUCGCCGAGGGACCAGAAUCCAACAUGUCCGCGAGCAUAGAAGCCAUCCGACAGCGACUGGUCCUAAGCAGCGAAGACAACUCGACAUCCAACGCGAACCUCAACCGACUCGCACUCGACAUCAUGCCCAAGGAAUUGAAGGAUCGACGUCAACAUUUGGGGGAAAGGUGUGCGGAACUCGGGCUAAUGACGACAGACGCGAAUCCCUGGGAGUUCGCCAUAAAUCCGGAAUACCACUUGGUGUACUGUAACGUGUUCAAGGCGGCGUCAACGUCGUGGAUCACGGUGUUCAAUCAGCUCACUGGGCUGACGGAGUUGGACUUGAAAUCUGUGCGAAAGACGCCAGUGAGCAUCAUGAGGAUGAUUUAUCCGAGACCCAGCAACGAACAACUCCAAGAAGCCAUGCAAGACAGCUUGUCAUUCAUCGUCGUGCGAGAUCCGUUCGAGCGCUUGCUCUCAGCUUACCGCGACAAGUUCGAGAGCGCCAAAAACGGCCAUUACAAGAUGAUCGGCGCCAUGAUGGCGGCUCGCAAACACGGCUACAACUACGCCCUGCAUCACGGCCCCACGUUCUCCGACUUUGUAGACUACGUUCUUUCCACGGAACACCGCGGACACCGACUGGACGAACACUGGGCCCCGUACUACCGUUUCUGCACGCCCUGCAGUCUCAAUUUCACCGUGAUCGCCAAAACGGAAACGCUGGAACGGGAUUCGAUGUUCAUCUUGGAAACAGUCGGCGUACCGCACAACAUCAGCGUCCGGAAAUGGAACUCCAAUUCCAAGGGCAAGACGCAAACGUUGUUGCGGAAAUAUUACUCGGAGUUGAGCGAGAGUCAAUUAGAAGGACUACUUUCGUUGUACUAUCCGGACUUCGCGCUGUUUGGCUAUGAUUUCAAGCCGUAUGUGGACUGGGUGAGCAAAGGAGGUACGAAGAAUAAGUUGAACAAUGCGCCAUGACAGAAGGAUUUUCAGCUGCCGGCCAAAAAAACUCCGUUUGAAUGUCGUGCGAAAGCGUAUUUGACGCGGGGACUCGCAAUUCUGAUUCAAUUUCGAUUGCACGAGUCAUCCCAUGAAUCGAUGAUCAUCAGGGAAUCUGCUUCAACCAGACCUGAGAAGAGAUUGAAAAUAAUUGUUACGAGUCUAUUUAUGUUCGCCGAAAUUUUCAUUAGGUCGGUACCUCCAAAAUUUUCCGAAAAGCUCACAUGAAAAACAGAGUCAAGUUCCCGUUUACCUAUUAUUCGCCUUCUUGAUCGAAGAACACGAUCCACCGUAUUUACGUGAUUAUAGUCCGCACCCUGAAAUUGGGCAGCCACUGGAGAUGGUGAUUACAAGCUCGAAAAACGAUGAAUUCUAAAGAAAACAUACGACGCAAACAGGGGAAAAUCCUCCAAGCUAAAAUUUCGUCUUCAAGAAUUUUCAUACAUUGCUUUUCAGAAGAUAAAUUAUCUCCGGGAUAAUGCAUACGAAUAGUCAGCCUGUAUAUUUCGAGCGUUUUGUUCAAAAGUGGUUCAGGUGCGGACUGGAAAAUAUUUUGAGUUCAGUGGGUCGCAGUAAACUUUCUGGGACAAGAGGGCAGCUCAUAAUCGCGUAAAUACGGUAACGAGAAAAAAAAAAUUAGGGCGAAAUUUCCGAAGGCUCAAGAGACAUUUUCAGCGAAGUGCGGUUUAUUUCUUUAUCAUCUCUCAAUGUAACUAAAUUUGUUCGGAAAUGUUAAAAAAGAAUAUUCACGUGACGAAGUCGAUUUCGACGAUACUGCUGUAGACCAAAACUUCGUCAGGAUAGAACCCUCAAAAAUGCGAGAGCUUUUUAUGUUCCUCCGAAAAUCCAGAUUCCGGCUGAGGUACG